GGGGGGGGGGUAGUAGCGGAGACGCGAGGAUGCUCAGUGGAAAAGGCGAGAGAUGAGCGAUGGGAAAGGGACGUCCUGUAACUCCACACAGAGAAGAGGAGCCUCCUUUGCCAUAGCCACCUCCCCCCCCCUCUCCUCCUCCCGCCCACCUCCCGCCUUUCAGCCCCCUCCCUUCACCUGUUGAGUGGUUUGUCUUUCCCCACGUUCUACCCCCCCACAUCCUCCAUCACCGGGGACCAUGACAACCUCAGCUCUUCGCCGGCAGGUGAAGAAUAUCGUGCACAACUAUUCAGAAGCAGAGAUCAAGGUUCGCGAGGCCACCUCGAACGACCCUUGGGGCCCGUCCUCGUCCCUCAUGUCGGAGAUCGCUGACCUGACCUUCAAUGUGGUGGCGUUCGCUGAGGUCAUGGGGAUGGUGUGGAAACGCCUCAACGACAGCGGCAAGAACUGGAGACACGUCUACAAGGCCCUGACUCUGCUGGAUUACCUGCUGAAGACCGGAUCAGAGAGAGUGGCCCAACAGUGCCGUGAGAACGCCUUCACCAUUCAGACGCUACGUGACUUCCAGCACGUGGACCGUGACGGCAGGGAUCAGGGCGCCAACGUGAGAGAGAAAGCACGCCAACUUGUGUGUCUCCUCCGGGACGAGGAGCGGCUCCGGCAGGAGAGGAGUCAGGCCCUGAAGACCAAGGAGCGAAUGGCCGGGGGGGGCAGCGGAGGGGGCGUGUACGGAGGCAUUCCUCCGUCGUACCACCCGGGCCGGCGCACCAGCCAGCCCAGCAUGGCCGUGCUGUACGGGGAGGAGUUCAGCCGCUCGAGAGGCUCUCCGUCCUCCUUCAACUCCUCGUCCUCGUCUCCUCGUGCUGCUUCAGACCUCGAGCAGGCCCGACCACAGACCAGCGGCGAGGAGGAGCUGCAGCUCCAGCUGGCGUUAGCCAUGAGCAGAGAGGAGAGUCAGAAGGAGCAGUGCUGUCGCCAAGGAGACGAGUCUCUGUUACAGAAGGCCCUGGAUGAGAGCAGGAGAGAGAGUCAGUCGGGGGGAGAUGGGUCGACCAUGCUGGACCUGGUCGACAUUUUCGGCACCUCGUCUGAGGUCCCGUGCCACCAAGGUGACGCUUGGAACUCUGCACCGUUUGCCGAUGACAUCACCUCUGACCCCUGGGACUCUGUAGCGGUCCACUCCAGCACUCCUGUGAUUGGUAGCCCUUGGACGGCCCCUCCCUCGUCCUCCAAUGCGUCCAAUCCCUGGGCACCUCGUGCUGACACUCGCACGGAUCCCUGGGAAGCAGCGCCUGUCUCCUCCAGUCCUGUCAAUCAUGUGUGGAACAGCCCAACAGAAGGAGCAGGUGGCGAUGGGACAGAUCCGUUUGAUGAUCAGGAAGAGGAGAACCCAAAACAGGAGAUGGUUCAAGUGUCUUCUCCACAACCUGCUAGUCCCACAGAGGAAGAGUUGUUUGGAGUAAAGGCAGAUUCUGACCCGUUUGCUGGAACGGGCUCCAGACCAGAUCCGUUUGGGGCCGACCCUGAGGUCAAACCCCUGGUGAAUGGACGAGAAUCGUCCAGCCCGGAGAUGUUCGACCUGUCGCGGCUAGCACCCCCCCUCAGCGCCCCACCUUCACGCAUGUGUCGAACCCCAGAGACCUUCCUGGGACCCACGGGGGCCUCGCUGGUCAAUUUAGACGCUCUGAUACCGUCCAACCCCCAGGGGAAGCUGCACAGCAACCCCUUCCUCUCAGGUCUGACUGCUCCGUCUCCUGGCAACCCCUUCCACUGCGACCAGCCUCGCCUCACCCUCAACCAAAUGCGACCCUCCUCCACCUCGCCCCUGCCCCCCCACAUGCUCUCCUACAGCCCGUCGCUGCCUCUCCCUCUGACCCGCCAGCACUUCGUCCUCCCCUCCUCUCUCACGCAACCUCCCGCCGGACUCCUGGACCUUCCCCCCAACCUCCCACAGCCCCUGCUCCCCCUUUCUCCUCGUCCGGCGCAGCGCUCCCAGUCGCAGACACACAACCCUUUCCUCUGAGAGUCAGACCUUCUCCUUGGAUUCAUCUGUGCUGACUACAGCGAGACUAGCUGAGAUGUGCUCUGAUGUCCUCGUGCUGCUCAGAGCGGACAAACCUCAGAUCGGACGUAUUUGUGUCUGUCGAAGCCACACCAGCUGCUACAUACCCUGAUCUCUUGAAGAAAAGUUAACUCAAACACAUGCACACACACGCACGUGUGCACACACACACACAACACACACGCACGGACUCAGGCGCACUAAGGGUGCACAGACACAAACAUGCACAGACCACUAAAACGAACAGGGUGUAUCUCGAUGCCUUUUCCCCAUCAACAGUGAUAGCUCCAAGCACCCUCUGAGCACAGAGCCAGGACUGCUCCUUUAGAAGAUUGUGAUGAAGACACUUUGAUUGACAGGGAUCCUUUCCGCUGCUGCUUCACCGACAAAAGCAUGAAUGCAUCCCACCCCCGAGACUCCAAACUACUCUAAUCUGAUGAACACCUGAGACGAGUUCCUCAAAUGAAUCCUCCUUUCCUCUUGGGUCAAAUAGUAUCUUUAAGCUUUGUUGGCACAGUUGAAUCUGUUUGAUUUUAAGCAGCAUUCAGCACUGUGUGAGAGCUAACGUAUGACUCCCUACAUAAUGAUAUCUAUUACAUAAAUGCAGGCUCAUCAGUAACUGGUUCUAGGUUAGAUACUUAUUUGUGGUAGUAUCCCCAAAAUGAUCCUUUAAACUAGACUAAACCAGCCCUACCGUCUCAAUCUGGGAACGUAUUAAGUGAUUGUAACCCAUCUGACCCGUGUGUACAGCCGACCCACAAUGCAUCCCUGCUGGUUCAUAACGGAGGACCUCAGGGAAACUGCUCCAUCCCUCCUCCGACUAAAUUCAACCUCAGUGAACAGGGAGGUCGACAGGUGGAACCACAUUUCAGAAAUGGGCAUGAAACUGAGGGAAGGCAAAAGACGAUUAAGGAGGAGAGAGGAGCAAAAGAAGUAAGUAGAAAUAAGCUAAAAUGAUUACAGAUAAUUUAUGACGUAUCAAUGAGCAAUAGCUCCUCUGGCUGUAAGGAACAAGUAAUCUAACUAGAAGAGAUGUUUGGACAUCACCGCACUGAACCUGAAUGUGAAAUGCCUGCCUAUAGACACACAGGCCGAGUACCAAUGUAUUUACAGAAUGAUACCUAUAAAGUAUUAUAAAAUAUUAUGCCAAUAAAUGAAUGGUGUUUGAAUUAUAA